ACAGCCUCUUUUCCUUUGAACUUUAGCUGGUAGAACCAGUUCCAUUUUCCUGAAAGAUUUCUUUUCUUCGAGCUUCAUGAAUUUGAAAGUGAAUGUCUAAAUCCACUUACCCGUGAAACCUGACCCGACGCACCGCAUUCUCAGUAAGCUGGUCUGAAGGGAAAGCGAGCUGCCACAGAUACUGGAGCAGAGAAAAACAAGAAGCACAACUUCCUCUGAUAAUGGUGCCCCCUCCCUCUAUGGUUGGCAGCGAAUUAGCAAUAUUGGUGCCUUUCUUCAUAACUGCCUGCAUCUACAUGAUCGUCAAUCUUAUAUCCUCUCUACCACUUUGGAUGAAGGGAUUAACCAAAAUCUUGCCAAUCAUCUGUCUGUGUAUGUUCGUUGUGCACAAUGGAAAAAAAAUUUUAUGCAGUCAUCACAAUCUUCUAAAACUACUCAUGGGCCUUAUGUUUUCAGCAGUAGGUGAUGUGCUUCUUCUCAUGGAUGAUAUUAAGUUUUUCAUUGGAGGUGGAACCAUGUUUGCUCUUGCUCAUUGUUUCUACACAUGGGCCUUUGGGUUCAAGCCUCUGAAUCUCCGAGCUGGAAGUUUACUGGCCACUGUAGUCGUGCUGGGUUUGAUCUUUCUCAGCAGAUGUUCAAAGAUGUGGCAGAUGUUGCUGCUCUGUUGUUACUGUGUCUUGAUUGGAGUCAUGUCCUGGAGAGCCAAUGCUGAGGUGCUGUUCUAUCGCCAAAGGACAGCAACCAAGGUGACUGGUGGGAUUGGAGCUGUGCUUUUUAUGGUAUCUGACUUCACUUUGGCUACAAACCUGCUAUGUUUUCCUGUGCCACAUGACCUGUUAAUUGUCAUGACCACUUACUAUCUGGCACAACUGUUUAUUACCCUCGGUAUUGUAAGAGAUAACAAAAUGAAGGGUGACUAGAUUGACCUUACUUAACUGUUCAAUAGAGAUUGUUUGAUAUUGUGAUUUCAGUGAAAUGUCAUAUGUUUUUCAAUAAGCAGCAAUAGAUAUAUAAUAUCAACACAAUUUUCCAAUUUGCAACUUGUGUUUGAUAUGGGCCUCAUCACUAACACAUAUUUUUGCUUAUAUUUACCGAAAUUAUUCUUUUAUUCUGUAUUUUUAGCUCUUGAAUUCAUGGAACUUCAGUGUGGAAAGUGAGAUGUACAGGGUUUGUCCUGUCAAUAUAUACACAAGGGAUCUGUACCGCUGUUCUCACGGUUGCACUAAAUCAGAACACGAAGAUCUCUCAGUACCAUUAAUUUGAGAUACAUGUACAUUAAUAAAGCAAUAUAAAUUAAGUUUUUUUUGAAGCUACUGAGACCCUUCCACAGUCUAAGACAACAUAACUUGGGCAUCCCUACUCUAAGACAUUCUAAUA